CGGUAAUGAUGGAGAAGAGGGACACUAGUGGGCGCAGGAUAAGCACGUGUGAGUUGCCUAUAGAAUGGCACGCUGGCAUGUCCAUAGCAAAGCCCACUAAAAUCAUAUUCAUAUUCUUCUUUCUGAGUUCUUGCCCAAAUAAUAUAUACUCAUCUCUGGAGAAGCAAAGAUCAAAAGAAAAACAUAAACAAAGUGCCACAGUUUUUGCAGGUCGAAUUUUCCGAUGAAUGAUUGGCAGUUUCUGUAUUGGGAGAGUAGCUAGAUGCUCUUCUUACCUCAGGGGUCUUGGUUUUCUUUUCGUCUCGGAGCUUUUACAUCCUCUCUCCACCAUAACCUUUUCCAGUAGCUGUUGGGGGGGAGUUAAUAGCGAACUAUAAUUCAGCUAGUUGAAGCAUGCUGUAGUGGAGGAGAAGUUUAUGCUAUAGUGGGAUAGAAAAAUAAAUAGUCAUGAAGUUUAUGAAACUAGGAUCUCGUCCAGAUACCUUCUACACUGCUGAGGCAGUUAGGUCAGUCUCUUCUGAAGUUUCCAGCGACCUCAUAAUUCAAGUGAAAGAAAGUAGAUAUCUUCUUCACAAGUUUCCCCUGCUGUCUAAAUGCCUGCGCCUACAAAGGUUAUGCUUAGAAUCACCAGAUUCUUCUCCACAACAGAUAGUUCAACUGCCUGAUUUUCCUGGUGGAGUGGAAGCAUUUGAACUUUGUGCUAAGUUCUGUUAUGGUGUCACCGUCACUCUUAGUGCUUAUAACAUCGUAGCUGCUCGAUGUGCUGCUGAAUACUUACAGAUGACAGAGGAUGUGGAGAAGGGGAACUUAAUAUAUAAGCUGGAGGUUUUCUUCAAUUCUUGUAUUCUUCAUGGUUGGAAGGAUUCUAUUAUGACUCUACAAAGCACCAAAGCUUUGACUUUGUGGUCAGAGGACUUAGCAAUUACAAGCAGAUGCAUUGAAGCCAUUGCCUCUAAGGUGUGGAGCCACCCCUCGAAGAUAAGUUUGUCUCAUAGUCAUUCUCGAAGGGUCAGGGACGAUACAUCUUGCAAUGGAAGCGAAAGUCAGAGACAUAAAUCAGCAAGUAAGGGAUGGUGGGCUGAGGAUUUAGCAGAACUGAGCAUAGACCUAUAUUGGAGGACCAUGAUAGCAAUCAAAUCUGGUGGCAAGUUGCCCUCAAAUAUCAUAGGAGAUGCAUUGAAAGUUUAUGCUUCUCGCUGGCUUCCUAAUAUCUCAAGAAAAGCACAACCCAAUAAGAAAGUUGCUUCUGACUCUGAUUCAGACUCUGCAAGUGAAAUAACCUCAAAGCAUCGUUUGCUUUUGGAAUCAAUAGCAAGCUUGCUUCCGGCAGAGAAAGGGGCUGUUUCUUGUAGUUUCCUUCUUAAGCUCUUGAAAGCAGCCACUAUUCUCAAUGCUUCUUCCUCCUCAAAAAUGGAGUUAGCUAGAAGAGUAGGACUUCAGUUGGAGGAAGCUACAGUGAAUGAUCUUUUAAUACCCUCAUUGUCUUACACCAAUGAUAUGCUGUAUGAUGUUGAGUUGGUGAUGACCAUAUUGGAACAAUUCAUGUUACAAGGUCAGAGUCCCCCAACAAGCCCACCAAGAGCCAGGCUGGCAGUUGAAAGGAGGAGGUCGCGUUCAGCUGAAAAUAUUGAUUUUGAAUUCCAGGAGAGUAGAAGGUCAUCUUCAGCAUCUCAUGGCUCAAAAUUGAAGGUGGCAAAGCUAGUGGAUAGGUAUCUCCAAGAGGUUUCGAGGGAUGUGAACUUGCCCAUGUCCAAGUUCAUUGCUCUUGCUGAAGCCAUGCCAGAUUUUGCCAGACAUGACCAUGAUGAUCUCUACAAAGCCAUUGACAUUUAUCUCAAGGCUCAUCCAGAACUCAACAAAAGCGAAAGGAAAAGGCUCUGUAGAAUCCUUGACUGCAGAAAACUGUCCAUGGAAGCUUGCAUGCAUGCAGCACAGAACGAACUACUCCCCCUAAGGGUCGUAGUCCAAGUACUCUUUUUUGAGCAAGCGAGAGCUGCUGCGGCUGGUGGCAAGGCGACAGACUUGCCAAGCAAUCUCAGGGCACUACUCACUGCACAUGGCAUUGACCCAUUAAAACACACUGGUCCAUUGAGCACAACUACAAGCUUACAUGCAGAUGAUCAAUGGAGUGUUUCUGGCCUCAAGUCACCUAAAUCUAGAAGUUCAACUCUCAGGAUGAAGCUUGCCGAGGAUGAUGACUUGGAUGGACAUGGUGUUACCCCCAAUGGAAUUGAGAGAAAUUCCAAGCUCAAGGCUCUUCGUGGUCUUCCCAAUCAACCCAAAAAGAUGCUUAGUAAGUUGUGGCCCGCCAAUAGAGGCACUAGUGAAAAGAAUUGAGUGAGUUUUCUUAGUUUUCUAGCUGGGAAUGAUAAUUUAAAGGGUACCCAUAUACUCUUGUUUUUCUUCUUUCUAUCUUCUGCCAAAUGCGUUGUAACUUUCUUAGGAAAAUCAGAGAAUCCAAAUGUGCAUUGUUGAUGUAAUCUAUUAUAAUAAGAAACGAGAUUUUCUCGUCAUGGGAUUAAAUCUCUUUGGCAAA